AUGUCUACCAAAGUGCUCUGGUUAACCACUGUGGGCAGUUAUCUCGUGCAAACAAGAUCACUUUCGGCUAUACUAGCCAAGACUGCCAGUUUAGAUGCUACUAACAGCACUGUCAAUACUCAUAAGGAACCAAACAUCACGGUACAUGUAACCAUGAUAUAUUUUGCAUCCUGGUUCCUGUUACUUCCAUUAUCAAAAUUUUGGACUAGUAAUGAAAACGAUGAGUCUUUCAACCUCUCCCCUCCAUUGCAUACAACCAUUAGCAUUAAAGAAAAAUUAUACCAUAUUAUAAAAUUAACUAUUCUCUCUGUGUGUAUUGUGAUCUCUAUCCUAACAUACGCUAUGGGUCUCUCCUUAACACCUUCUUUCGACGUUUGUUUAAUUCAAAAUACUGCAAUGUUCGAAAUUAUUACAUUACUGUAUGGUGUUUGUAACAUUACUAAAAAACAAAACAGUCUAUUCAGAAAUUUUAUUGUUAUGAUGAUAGCUCUAAUCAGUAUAUUGAUCAUAUCGUACACAAAGGCAACAUGUGACUUGUUAGCAGGUAAAUUAUACAUCAAUAAGACGACAGGUGAAUUGAAUGAUCCUUAUCUGUUCGAUAGGCUACAAGCUGCUUUGAUUUGUGGUCUAGGUUCCUUAGCUAUUGGACCAUUUGCGGUACUUGCCAAUAAAUGGCUGUUUCAAAAUGGCGAUAAUAGCAGCAAGCUGGUAAAUUCGAAGAGAGAUCUCUCUAUUAUCUCAGGAACAAGUUUCAUAAUGUUGGCAAUGCUAUUACCAACUAAUGAACCAGAUUUUAGUUUUUUCAAUCAUUUAACGGAAAAGAAGUUAUGGACAUCUCUCUUAGUUGCUAUCUUUUGUGGUAUUUUACCAAAUAUUAUCUCCAUUAUCAAACUAAAUAACAAAGCACCUCCAGAAUUCAUUACAACUUGUAAUCUGGGUUCUAUCUUCUUUAUGGGAAUAGUAGAUUGGAUUUGUGAACCAGAGCAAACUAUGAUUGUUAGGUGGGAAGUCAUCGGCUACAUCAUGUUGACUUUAAGUUCUCUAAUAUUAUUCAUCAGUUUACAUGAUGGGAGGAAAUAG